AUGACGCACAAGUCCUCGCAGGCCGCCAGCAACCGGCACUCCAUGGAGAUCAGCGCCCCCGUCCUCAUCAGCUCCAGCGACCCGCGGGCAGCCGCCAGGAUCGGGGACCUGACCCACCUCUCCUCCAGCGCCCCGGCACAGGAUUCCUCUUCGAUUGGAACAGCCACGGUGGCUGGUCCCAGGACGAGUGCAAUAAUUGGAGAUCAGGGAACACCACCGAAGGUCCAGCUCCCCCUCAAUAUCUACCUAGCCCUGUACGCCUACAAGCCUCAGAAGAAUGAUGAGCUGGAGCUCCGCAAAGGUGAGAUGUACCGGGUCAUUGAGAAGUGCCAGGAUGGCUGGUUCAAGGGGACGUCGCUGAGGAGUGGGAUGUCUGGCGUCUUCCCAGGCAACUACGUGACGCCUGUUUCAAGGGUGCCGGUGGGAGCUGGGCAGCCCAGGAACAGCGGAGCCGGGGGAGCUCCGGCAACGAAAGGAGCCCCAGGAGCCAUCCACCCCAUCGGGGCCAGUCACACCAACGCCGCCACGGCUGUCAGACCAGUUGUUCCUAUCACUGCGCCUCAGACGCAUCCCCAGCUACAGGCGGCCUCUCCGCAGCUGAAUAACUGCUUGAGGUAUUCAGCUCAGCAGCCGGGCAGCCAGACCCGCGCCGCCAUGCAGAUGGGUACGUGCCUUUCGCCCUGGGCCGGCAGGAUUGAUGCCAAGGAGAAGAAGAGUGGGCUGCUGAAACUUCUAGCAGGAGCAUCAACAAAAAAGAAGUCACGUUCCCCGCCGUCUGUGUCCCCCACGCAUGACCCCCAGGCAGCCAUCGAAGGAGUCCUGCAAGGGGCAGUGGGACCCGAGCUCUCCUCCCUCUCCAGCCACGGCAGGGCUGGCUCAUGCCCUAUUGAGAGCGAAAUGCAGGGAGCCAUGGGGCUGGAGCCUCUGCACAGAAAAACAGGCUCCUUGGAUUUGAAUUUUUCCAUCCCUUCUCCUGCCAGGCAGCCCCUCUCUUCCAUGGCAGCUAUUCGGCCAGAGCCCAAGCCUUUGCCCCGGGAAAGGUACCGCGUCGUAGUCCCGUACCCACCGCAGAGCGAGGCCGAGAUCGAACUGAAGGAAGGUGACAUCGUGUUUGUGCACAAGAAGCGGGAGGACGGCUGGUACAAAGGGACAUUGCAGAGGAACGGCAGGACGGGCCUCUUUCCCGGGAGCUUUGUGGAGAGCUUCUGAGGACGGCUCGCCGCUCUCUCACCUGGAGGGGCUUUCAGGGGAAACUGCAUAGCACAAGAAGAGACAGCAAAGGGAAACUGGACUGAUAACCACUGCCAUUUUUCUUUCCAAAGACUCUCCCCAGGCCCUUCAGUCUACAGCUCCGGAGACGCAGUGCCCCGCUGCGCUCCCGAGACCGCGUGCGGUGCAUACAGUGGUAUGUUGAAGUAGUGCCUUCCACCGGGAACCACAGGCUGAAAGGACGCCCAUCUGGACUGUACGUAACCGAAACUCCGGCUGUUAACCCUUUGUGUAAAUUAUAGAGAAAAUAUCUUUAAAAAA